GGGGGGAGAGCGGGAGUCAAGAUUCGGUGGGGCACGGUGGAGGACGCAAACGCGACGCGAGACUUUUUUCCGUUUCGUUCUUCGCCUCUCUUUCUUCUUAUAGUCAUCUCGUCCGCUGCUGCUCCUCCCACCCAAAACACAACGGCCGGAACAACCUUCGCCCCGCUCCGGCACUCCCUGGUCAUCGAUCGACCCCCCCCCCCCCCCCCCCCCCCCCCCCGGCCCCCGGCGCGCGCUUAGGUUGUUUGUCUUCCUCCCCGUUCCUACUCUCUGCUCCGAGCUUGUGGCCUGACUUGGCUUUCGUUCGUGGGUGGGGUUUCUUUCCACUUCCUCCGAGGAGCUUGUUCCCGACCGAUCCAUAAAUGGCGCUCUACCGAUGCUUGUCCCUCCUCUCUCCUCCUCCGUACUUGGGGGGGAGGAGGCCUUUGCAUCAACGGCCAGAUCACCUCCACCAGAGCUGCCUCUUUUCCGCGCCCGUCCUUCCCCGCGUGGGCGUGCGGGCAAGGAGGCCGUCGAUAACUUCUCAGGCGCCCGAUCUGGCAACAUCCCUGAGGCCAUCAUUCAAAGAGCUGAUCGAGUCGCUGAUAGAUCGGGUCGAUCUAUCCGAAGAGCAGGCCGAGGCAUCUCUCGACCUUCUGCUCGUCGAGGCGAACGAGGCUCUGAUCAGCGCCUUCCUCGUCCUUCUGAGAGCUAAAGGGGAGACCUUCGAGGAGAUCGUGGGAUUGGCGAGGGCCAUGAUCAAGUGCGGCGUCAAGGUGGAAGCAUUGGAUGACGCAGUGGACAUUGUUGGAACGGGCGGUGAUGGUGCAAACACCGUCAACAUAUCCACAGGCGCUGCUAUUCUCGCCGCAGCUGCCGGUGCGCGAGUUGCAAAGCAAGGAAACCGUGCCAGUUCCUCCGCUUGCGGGAGCGCAGAUGUGUUGGAGGCAUUGGGCGUGAAUAUUGACUUGGGCCCCGAGGAGGUGAAAAGGUGCGUGAAGGAAGCAGGCGUUGGAUUCAUGAUGGCUCCCAAUUACCACCCAGCUAUGAAAAUUGUCCGUCCCGUGAGGAGAAGUCUUAAAGUGAAGACAGUAUUUAACAUUCUUGGUCCAAUGUUGAAUCCAGCACGGGUACCUUUUGCUGUUGUUGGUGUCUGCAAUGAAGAUAUUGUGAUGAAGAUGGCUAAAGCAUUGCAACGGUUUGGAAUGAAACGAGCAUUAGUAGUACAUUCAGAGGGUUUGGAUGAAAUAAGUCCACUAGGACCUGGAUAUUUUCUUGAUGUUACUCCUGGAAAGAUUCAGAAAUUACAUUUUGAUCCAUUGGAAUUUGGUAUUCCUCGAUGUACUAUGGAAAACUUAAGAGGGGGCGAUGCAGAAUUCAAUGCUAGAGUUCUUAGAGAUGUACUGUCUGGUCAGAAGGGAUCAAUUGCAGAUGCUCUUGUACUGAAUGCGGCUGCUGCACUUUUGGUUGGCGGCCGUGUGAGCACUUUCGCUGAAGGAGUGGCUCUAGCAAAAGAGACACAUCAAUCUGGCAAAGCCAUUGAUACUCUGGAGUUAUGGAUAGGAGCCUCCAACAGAUUGAGAGGAUGAGCCACCCCUCAGUUAAAUUUGAACCAUCAUGCUUGUGACUUGGAAGUGCUCCGAAGAUAUUGCAUCAUGGCACCAGUAUAAGAUCGCAACACAGGUCUCUGAUUCUGUAAUUUAUGUGGCAUUAAUUGUUUCCAUAUCCAUGCUAGGGCUUGUGCUGUUUCAUUUUUCCUUCUUCUGCGUCUGUUCUGAAAUGAAAAACAUAAUGCUUGUUGGUUCCAUGGAAGGCUGGAUGUCAUGCAGGAUUUUGAUCA